UGCGCUCAGCUCAGUUCUCGACCGGUCGCGGAUCAACUCGGACACCCGAAAAACUCGAAAAGUACGCGAAACCGCGCCUCCUCGGUCCAUAGGAAAAUUAACCCGAAACCUAGACCGAAAACGAAAGGAAGAAGAUGGCGCCCCUAGUAUACUAGUGAUUAACCUCCUCCCACCGACCGCGACCGCGAAUCGACCGGAGCUGAGGGGGUAGUGUGAGCAAUAUUAAAAAAAAACGAGACUUACAAGCUGCUGCUGUUUAGUACUGAUUUUUGCAUUCGAUGGGAAAUCAGCCGGCGAAACACUCCGGAAGGCCGAAGAAGGCUGUCCACUGGAAAUCAGCAGAGCCUCCCUCGCCGCCGGGAAAACCGAUGGUGGUGCCAGGAUCACCAAGCUCUUCGCUGCCGGAUGUGGUGACGAUCCGUUGGAAGCGACCGACUAGCGAUGGCGGCUCGCCAAUUCUUGGCUACAUCGUCGAGCACCGGCGGGCGGGUUCACCGCACUGGACCCGUGCAAGUGCCGUGCUGACACAGGCGACCGAAAUGUCGUUUAGCGGACUAGAGCCGGGUUGGCGCUAUCAGUUCCGGGUUGUGGCGCAAAACAUCGUCGGUCAGUCGGAAAGUAGCGAACUCUCCGAUGCGUUGACCGUAACAUUGCAACGGGCUGCCGAAGCACCGCCCCGGUUUAUUCAUGAACUGCUCGAUACGACUGCAAUCGAAAAUGAAAAGGUGGAGUUCCGAGUGUCCGUCUCGGGAACACCCGCCCCGCAGAUUAGUUGGUACAAGGAUGGAUUCGAAAUGUUUAGCAGCCGUCGUACCAAAAUUCUGACUGAGGGUGACUUUAGUAUGUUAGUAAUUCAUCAGACCGCCCUAACUGAUGCUGGUGAGAUCAAGUGCACGGCUAUGAACCGCGCAGGUCACACUAUAACUCAGUGCAAUCUCAUCAUCGACGCGUAUCCGAAAAUUCGCCUGCCCCGGCAGUACGAAGAUGGGUUGAUUAUCGAAGCUGAUGAGGUGAUUCGGCUCAAGGUCGGCAUUGCAGGCCAGCCAACGCCGAUUGUCGAGUGGAGUCACAAUGGCGAAUUGUUGACCACUGGUGGCCGUUAUGAAAUCGAAACCUCCGAUAAAAAUUCAUCCCUUAGAAUAGCCAACGCCGAGCGGUCCGAUCGCGGCGAAUAUAAUCUCAGGGCGUUUAAUAAACUAGGAGAAGAUUAUGCUUCAUUUCUGGUAACGGUAACGGCACGUCCCGAACCACCUGGAAAAGUGUCCAUCAGUGUGGGAAUCGGAAAAACUGUCACCUUAAGCUGGGACGCUCCUGAAGACGAUGGUGGUUGUAAAAUAGGAAAUUAUAUCGUCGAAUAUUACCGCGUCGGUUGGGACGUUUGGUUAAAAGCCACAACCUGCCGGCAGCUGAACACAACGCUGAGUGGUCUGUUCGAAGGUUCACAGUAUCGUUUUCGUGUGAAAGCGGAGAAUCCCUAUGGGCUAAGUGAUCCUAGUGAAGAAUCGGACACACUAUUCAUUCCGGAUCCGAAGCGUGGAAUCAACAGUGCAACCCAGGUGACGGAGAUGGAUAUGAGGGAAAACGAAAAUCAGCAGCCGCUCGCGGUUCCUCGCAAGCGUCGUGAAGAAUCUCGUUCGCCGGCUCGCGACAUUGAACAAAUUAAACGAAUUCGAGCCCUCACAGGAGACGCAGCUGCCUACAACCAGGACGAAAUCGUUCGCGAAAUGUCUUACGGUACACGGGAUGAAGAUUUCUUCAAACCCAAGCCAGCAGAAACGGCUCCUCCAGUGAGAACCGAUCCAUACAAAUCGACACAAUCGGAACCACCUGCCCAGGAAGUUCGCUAUAAAGCUUCUCCUUCCCCUGUGCAACUCAAACCUAAUCAACCAGCACCUCGCAAGUCUAAAUCUCCCUCCCCGGCACCGGUGCUUCCAGCAGUCGUCAUCACGACGCCUCCCGAACCUUCGUACCCGCCCCCACAGAGGCCACCGCAAUCGUUCACCUCACCACUGAAGGCGAUGGAGAAGUUCUCCAAGGAUCCCAGCCCUCUAUCGAAAAUCGCAUUCUCAUCCGGUCAGCUGGAGACAACCACAACUAAUAACAAUAACAACGACAAAAACAACAACAACAAUUCUACCGUUCCCACCAGUUCCGGUUCACCAGCUGGUAAUCCGUCGAUCCACAACAGCAGCGAAUUCAUGCUGGUGCUGUACAAUGAUCAGCAAGCGAAGAACAAUACACCCACUAACGAAGUAAAACACAAGCCUUCACUACAGUCAUUACUCUACUCUCAACUUUGUCGCGAAAAAUACUACACCCGACGGCUGGUUCAGCUGGCCAGUUCCCGACCACCUCGGUUUACACGCUCCAUGUCUCUCUGCUCUGGCAAUUCAACCUUCGACUUCGAAUUGGACGAAAUGGUCCCUCCACCACCGCCCCUCUCGCUAUCAGCUCCGGAAUUAAAUGUGGAACCUCCACCGGCACCGACUAUGCGCCCGGCCGUUAGUUCCACUGAGCUGCUGUACGAACGGGCAAUGGCCCGCUUUUACCAGGCGGUCGCACUAGAAGAAUCCGAAAAUCAACGAAAGGCAACCGAACGUAGACGAAGCUAUGGUGCUGCGGAACAAUUGAUUCAACAACAAAACAAUCAACAGCAACAGUUGCAACAACAGCAGCAGCAACAACAGCAGCAACAACAACAACAAGAGGCAUUAGCAGCAGCAGUCUCGGCACGAUUAGCCGACCGCAGAAGCAGUUUGCGGCGUAGACUCUCCGGGGACAAGGAAUCGAUCGUCAAACAAUCCAGUUUCGAGACGGAUGUCAGGCAACAUUCCAGCACAAUUGAGGAGGUUAUUCCGGAGGAAAAAUCGAUACCCGCUGAAGUGGAACCCGCCGCAUCGAUCAUCGAGAAACCAAUCGAAGAACUCGACGAGGAAAUGUCGAUUACCUCGUCCAUGGACUCAAUGCUCGAAGAGCUGAAACGCAGGGAAUCCGAUCGAUCUAGUCGCUCCAGACUCAUGAGCGACGACGAGGAAAUGGAAACUUAUCACCCGGCUCAACAACGCGUGGUUUCCCCUUACACGAAUCCAGACCCAAGUCAGGCUAUUGAGGUACUCACGAAGCCUCUCCCGAUGCCUGAUCCGAACUUCGUGCCAAAGCCAAUUUUGAAGAGGCCUUCGACGGAACAGCUGACAAAGGAUGAUAAGGAAAAGAAACCCGACCGGAAGGGUUUGAUGAACAUUUUCGAACGGAAGUCACCUACGAAGGAACCUCUGCAAGCUCCUCGUUCUCCUCCAGUAGAGCGCGAGAGAACACCCGAACCGAAAAUGCAAUUAGAAGCUCCAGUUAUCGAGCAAAAAUCACCUUCAAGUGAGAAGCAUUCUCCAGUAGAGUCUGUUGCACUGAGCGAAAAACAGCCCCCCUCGGAGCUCGAAAUUCGAACAGCUCUGGUGUCGGAGGUCGCUCGCCAAAGGCGAUUGCAGUCUAGACAGAGCUCUAUAGAGGAAUCCAGAGCAGUAGCGGAUUUCUACACGGAGAUCGUUCAGCAGGUGGAAAGUUCGAAGAAACCCAGACAGUUACCGUUCUACGUGAGCCCCGAGGAUAUCCGUAAGCAAGAACGCACUCGCUCGCGAGAUACGUCUCGUGACCGAUUCGUGAGAUCUAGAUCCGGCUCAAGGUCUCCACUGGAGGAACCCUAUAGGAUUACAAAAUCUCGUUCACCUUCCCUAACAUCGGAACAAAUUAUUACUAAAGGCAAACCUGCCCGAGAGAGCAAAAUUCUCCGUCAGCGAUCGACAUCGGUCGAUCAAGAUCCGAAACGCCCGUCGUCUGCUGCUGGUCAGCCACUAGUAUCAAACAAAAUCCAACCGGAUACUGCAUUUAUUGCCCGUGAACCUGUGGGUGACUCGAUCAGGAAAAGCCGUCCCCUUCGCGAGUCGUCAGCAAUCACCAAGAAACGCAACCUGUCCAACACCCGCUCUCGCAGUAAUUCCGGUUCACGCGAUGCAGAAUCAAUCUCUGAUGGGCUUACGACAAGACGAGCUCCGAUCAAAACCCCGCCCGAAAUACCAACUCCACCCACACCUGCCACGAUCCCAGCAGCUACUCCGUCGACUUCUCAGCCACAACCAGCUCCGACCGAGCGAUCUCGUUCACAGUCUCGAACUCGCGAACUAACUCCACAGGAAGCGUCUGUCAAAUCCGCACUAGCCUACCUAACCGAUGUUGCCCUAUUCGCGCUGGCCUGCUGGUUGUACCUUUUCAAGAAUCCCAAGUGGGCGAUACCGGUCAUCAUCUUGAUCAUGUACCGCCACAUCAACGAUGCCCUUAAAGAUCGGAUUCCACCCUGGGUGAGACGCCCCAUCAGCUAAUCCAAGCUCCAUUUGUUUUUUUUUUUAAUUCGAUAAAGACAUAAUCUCAAUGAAACAGAAGGAUAGUUUUAGCGAAGCGAAGAGAAUGUUAUUAUUCAGUCUCGUCGAAUGCGAGUAUGAUGACACGAAUUGUGCCCCGUAACCGGUUGACAGUUGUACUUUGCAUACGUUUGAGGUAAUACUCAUCAGUGAAAGUGGUUUGCGAUCGAGAUCGCCGGAAAUCAGCUUAAAACAGUUUGUUUAUAUUCAAUAUUUCAUCAACCUUUACUAUUAGUCUCACACAACAUCAACCGUUAAACGAACCAUGAGCGCAGUUUGAUUAGCGCAAUUAUUGCACAGUGGCGUUCCCAGUGUGACCAUUCAUAACGAUGGUUACCAAGGAAAAAAUCAUUGGCACUGUACUAGCGAAACUGCACUCGAUAGCUAAAACUUGGUGUUCUGCACAUGCACACUCUCACCCAUUCACGCACGCACUUCAGCCUUAUGAUGCACCGAUUUGUGCUACCAUUUAUCGUUGUCGUGUUGUUAUACUCUGUGGUUUCCUUUCAGGACUGUCGCCACUAUUUUAAUUAUUCUAAAUAAUAUUAUUAUUACUAUUAUUAUUAAUCUUGCAUUACCCUUACCGUUGUAUGUAUAUUUCUUCUGCCAACAAUGCAAAGAAAGGAAAAGCGAGGCAAUAAAUUUGUUCUUAAAAUAUAAAAAGAAAAGCACCG